AAAUCGUAAUAGAGCCGAAGUUUCUUGAAUGCUCUUUUGAACAAUAGUGACGACUCUUGCCUGUGCUACGAUAUACCAGCCGUUCUGUUAUAUAUUCCCAUCGUAGCUAUAUUUUUGUUUCUAUACACUCUGUACCCACAAGUACUAGUACACAAGUAAGGGUGAUCGGCGUUCAUUCUACUAUGCGCCAAGACAGUAAAAGAAAUAAUCUAGAUCCUGAAGAGCUGUUUUCAAGGUUAGAAGUGAUAGGAAAAGGUGCUUUCGGAGUUAUAUAUAAAGGAGAAAACAGACAAACUAAGAAGAUCGUGGCUAUAAAAAUCAUUGACUUAGAAGAUGCCGAGGAUGAAAUCGAAGAUAUCCAAACUGAAAUAUCUGUAUUAUCACAAUGCGAGAGUCCUUAUGUAACUAGAUAUUAUGGAUCUUACUUGAAAGGAACCAAGCUGUGGAUUAUUAUGGAGUAUCUGGCUGGUGGCUCAGUAUCAGAUUUAAUGAAAUACACUCGUCUAGAAGAAAGUCACAUUGCAAUAAUUUCUCGUGAGCUGCUCAAGGCGUUGGAUUACUUGCAUCAACAGGGGAAGAUACACCGUGAUAUUAAGGCUGCAAAUAUUUUGUUAUCUGAAGCAGGAGAAGUCAAAUUGGCAGACUUUGGGGUCAGCGGUCAACUUACUGAUCAGCGGACGAAGCGCAAUACCUUUGUUGGGACGCCUUUUUGGAUGGCUCCUGAAGUAAUCAAGCAGGUCGACUAUGAUGCCAAGGCAGAUAUAUGGAGUUUGGGAAUUACAGCAAUUGAAAUGGCUAAGGGAGAGCCCCCCUAUGCAAACCUGCAUCCUAUGCGCGUGUUAUUUCUAAUACCAAAGAGCAAACCCCCUGAGUUGGAAGGACCCGAGUUUUCCUCACAUUUCCGUAGUUUUGUGUCAGCAUGUUUAAAACUUGACCCUAAUGAGCGGGCGACGGUUCGAGAUUUGCUUAAACACAAAUUCAUUACAAAAGCCAAGAAGAUCAGUUACCUGGCUGAGCUGAUCGAGCAAAAGAACAAAGCAAUGGCUAAGAAAGUUUCUAUCUUCCAUUCGGUGGCUAGGAGUAUAAACAGCGUGUCAGACAUAAGCAAUAGUGAGAGUCGCAUGAGCUCCAUUCCUGAAUUGAGUGAGAAUGAAGGUAAUGGUGGAUUGUGGGAUUGGGAAAAAGGGGAGUCGACUCCAGACACGACGCCAUCCACAUUGUUGAGAAAACCUACGAAUGAGUCGCUAAUGAUACCGGUGUCAGAGGAAUCGGCAGAUCCAAAGCCUCCAUCAAAAAGUUCCAGAAAGAAGAAAAAGAAACGAAAAAACAAAAUUUCUAACAACGGCAAAGACAGCGCGAAUGCGGAUAGUUUGGCCUCCAAUGAAGCCAAAUGUAGCAAACAACAAAUGGAGUCAGGCACCGUCAGUACCUUGCUUACUCAAGUCAUCUAUCCUAUUUUGGAUGAUAUGAAAAAGAGCAAACAUGGCAAGAGAGAAUCUGUGCUCAGGGCACUUGACAAUAUGAAAGUAGCUUUUGGAGAUUUAGAAGGUGCAAAAGAAGGUCUGACGCAUGAAUUUAUUGCUCAAAUCAUAACCUCGCUUCAAGGUGAUUGAGUCAAUCGCAGUGAAGAAUCAGAGGUGACGACAUUUAUGUUGGAUCUCAUGCAAAAAUUUCAUAAAUAAUGCCUGUGCCCGUUUCAGCGAAUGCUACGUCAAAAGAAGGAGUCCCAUACCGGCAGCGCAACGUGCUCGAUAUACAAUGUUGUCAUAGGAAUUUGUCUAUUGCAAACUUUGUACGUAAAAGUACGAUGCACUUUAUAUGAAACACGCUCUUUUUUUGUAAAAAUCUGAAAAUGGAGUGUUCAAUCGGUGAAUUAUAUUUAUUGUGUUAUAGAAGGGCAGCAGAGUCGUGUUGAUAGGAUCGCGUACUCCUUAUAUACGCGUACGUUCUGUUCUCAAAUAAUUCUAGUUGUGGGUAACCAUUUUUUCAUCGAAGACCACAUGCCAUUUAAAGCAUAUUAUUUUCACGAUGCAAUAACAUCAAUAGCGUAACAAUACCAUAACUGGUCUUUACCAAAUAUUUUUUGGCAUUAUCGCCUUCUUUGGUUCACCGAAAAUUGUCCUAUUUUCUGUCGCCAAAAUUAUACACAGUAUGUCUAUAAAGGGCAAUCAAGGUACAAUUUAUGACAGCACCUAGGUGCGAUGGUUUGUGUGCGAGUUAAUCAGAAGCGGAUCGUAGGAUCAACAACUUGGUGCACUGUCCGAGACGUUUGCACAAGCCAGUACUUGGUAUCUGAAUAGCUCACAAAUGUAAAUAUCGCACUGUGAGAGAAAUGAACAGCGCCCAACAAAAAAUUCAAUAUGAGUGUAUAGAGCUCUUCUAAGCUAAAGAGGCAUCUAUCUAUCUCAAGACACAUUUAGGCACUAACAUUGUCUUCUCCUCGCAUUUGGGUUAUUGAAAAUUCAAAACGCGCUCAGCCGGCAUUCGUCUUUCUCACAACUUCACAUCCCUCAUAUGGCUGCUUCUACUUCAUGUUUGUAGGGUAUCGACGUUUCUGAUUAAUAUUCUCGUCUCUCGAUAUGUUUCUCGUAGCAUUUUUGCUAUCAACGUACAGCUUCAGUUUUUGCUGAACUUGCUUCUCUCAUUUUCUCGCGAGGGGUUUCGAUUCGCCAUUUUAAAAGUCCCUUUUGCCGACGAUCCAUCAACUCAGAGUUGUCCUACCGCAAAAAACGCACUUCAGUCUGCUCAAAAAUUUGGCAGACUUUGUAUCCCUCUCAACAUCCUCUUAAAUCUUAUUAUCAUUCCUGUCUCCCUCUGUUUUUCACUCGGCCAAGAACUUGAUGUCUUGAACUAUAAAGAAGUCGCAUGGAUGUUUGGAAUUUCGUCUGUCAUAGAGACCUUAUAUGAGUCUUUCUACCUUCAAACACAAAUUCUGGUUUUAUUUCGAGUCCGCGCUAUUCUGGAAUUCAUCGCUGUUUUGGUAAAAGCCUCUACUUCUUACAUUUUCACAGUUUACUUUAACUACGGAUUGCUCGCAUUUGGAUUGGCGCAAAUCUUCUACUCAGUCUCUUUGUUGCUUGGAUAUUGGAUCUAUUUCCUAAAAUUCUCGCCCCUUCAACAACUGUCACCCUCGAAAACUCUGCAAUUCGCUCAUGGACAUAACGAUGCGGUGAAACAACCCUUGUGGAUUUAUUGGCUUACCUUUGAAUGGCAGACCAUACAAAAAACAAUCUUGUAUGGAGGCGAAUAUUUUUUAUUACGCAUUUUUUUCAGCUUGAAAGAUCAAGCCAUCCAUGCCUCUGUUAUCAUGCUCAGAAACUCAGCUGCGAGAAUUCUAUUUCAAUGGCUUGAGGAGGGCCUAUUCCCUAUUUUCUCUCAGAGCAUCAAGCAAAUUCGUAAUUCACCCAUAACAGUCCAACAAGAUAUGUUGUCUCAUCUCCAAACGCUUCUUUUUCUUCUUGUCAAAGCAGUUAUCACUCUCGGACUCAUCGUGCUCUCUAUUGGCCCUAAUUACACCUUUCUUCUGCUGGAAAUACUGUUUACCAACAAAUAUUCUCGCACCUAUGCUCCCCUCCUCUUGUCUUGGGAACUCUUACACAUCUUUACUUUGGGCCUGAGCACUAUUCUUGAAUCAUUUACCUUCUCAAUCGCGUCCUCUCGAACGCUUAACGUGUUCAACCUCUACAUAUUGGUCCAGUCGAUUAUCCUCUACCUCUGCUUCAGCCAAUUCCCGGAUUUUCUGGCGGCUCCAGGCACUCUUGUCGCCCUCAACAUCGCCGUCACAAUUACGAAAAUAGUCAUAUAUGCGAUCUAUAUCAUGCGCUUCUUUAAAAAAAGAAUUCCCAAAACCGUAGCACCAAACCUAGUCCCGAGCCUUGGGACAUUCCUUGUCCUAAUCGUUGUUUUCACGGCCACCAGAAUUAGCGAGAAAAGGUGCAGCCAGCGAAUCGAACUCUGCAAGAGCAACUGCCUAAUUCACGUCAUGGUCGGUGGAAUUUGUUUUCUAAGUGUCCUCCUCUCAAUUUCAAAAACCGAGAAGUCGUAUUUGAUGGAGGUAACCUCUCUGAUAAAAGACCUAAGAAGUUACGCCAGCAAAUAAAUUUUGCACCAGCAUGGCAAUAUGUCCUGUGCGAACUUUGUAACCACCCUACUUCAAACACCCUAAAUGGAACCACAUGUAUUUGUGAUAACAUAAUGUACAUACUACACGUAUACACAAAAA